GACAAGGUGAUCCGAUGUGGCAACCCCUAAUUGCACGGUGCGAAUUCCAGAGAAGGUCGUGGUCUACUAUUGAUUGCUGUACAAACCCUGAUCGUGACUCGUCGCUGUUUUUUUUUUUAAUUACAAUAUUGUCAGGGAAGACAGACGGAAUGGAAUUGGUUACAACACCCGCCUUGAGUUAACGAGGAACACUCCAAUAAUAUAACCGACUGAGCAAUCGACUAGAAAAUGUAGCUUAUUCAAGCGUGGUUUAGUGAGCUAAUAAUGUCUAUUUCAUCGAUUCGUUUCGAGAUCCAGGAGUAUCUAAUUUCUCCUCCUGAAGAGAUCCCCAGCGCAUCACUACAGAAUAACUUCCCCUCGCCGGCCUUGUUUAUGCACGUCACUUCCUCUAUUUUCCACGUCAACGUCACAUCCGGUCGGUGCUCCCUCACGUGUUGUUUCCUUUUGCUCGCGUGUUCUUCUUUGCCGAUUUUGCUCGAAUUGGAACGGCAGCAUGAGUGAGAUUUCCCCUGACGUUCAGGCAUUUCUAGAUCGACAUCCAAGUUUGAAGCCAACAGAACGGGACAAGAUCAGAUGUGAGCUAACUGGCCAUGAGAUCCCCUGUCGCCUUUCUGACCUCCAAACCUACACGAGUGGCAAGAAAUACAAACAACUGACCAAACUAGUCCCCAGCUUUGACUACAGCCAAUACGAGCCCCACGUGGUCCCUAGCACAAAACAACCCAACGACCUCUUCUGCAAACUGACUAUCCGGCACAUCAACCGCACCCCACGUGAUGUCUUGGCACAUGUCAAUGGAAAGAAGUACAAACGAGCCCUGCAGAAGUAUGAGCAGUGCGUCCGGGAUGGAGUAGAGUUUGUGCCAGCCUGUCUUCAGAAUAAGCAGAAAAGAAUGGAAAAGAAGGAGGAACAGGAACGGGAACAUGAAAAGGCAAAAAAGAAAAGCACAGGCUUUUGGGAGCCCACAUCUAGUGACGGGGAAGAGGAGUCAGAUGACAGCAUGACUGACCUUUAUCCAGAGGAGAUGUUCCCACUUAAAACUUCCCAGGAUGUGGAGAUGAAAGCCACAGAGAGUGAUGAGUUCCAGUCGGACAGCGAUGAGAAGGCAGCAUCAGAUAAACUGGACAAUUCAAAAAAGAUGGAGGUGGAAGUGUCGACACAAAACAAGAGAAAAAAGAAGCAGUCGGGUUCAUUCCAGAAAAGAUUCAAAGGUCCGCACCGGAAAGGGAAAGGAAAAGGAGUCAAGAAAGCAGGAAAAGGAAAGGCCUGAGUCAUUUCCGCAGCUUCUAUCUGACGGUGUGGUGUGUCACUUAACUGGUACCAUGUUUGCAAAUUAACUAAAUGUACAAAUAAAAUUAUUUUUUUGGAAAUA